GGGUGGAGUCGGACUGUGUCGCGUAAGGUAGUGUUUGUGCAGUGCGCGGGGAGAUGACGCGCUGUCCAACGCGACGUUAGCGGCGGGAACAAGCGGGGCGCCUGACAAUCCCUGUCCAAGUCCGAGCUCAAGCUCGACUUGAAACUUUGCAGGCACCGCUUGACAUCAUUCCACAACAACGUGCAGCGGUCCAUCUCCACCUGUGCAUCGCACCUGCGCAGCCAAAGUCGUAUCUGCACAGCCGAAGUCGUAUCGCGCAGCCAUGCCCUCGCCCUCGCCGCCCCGCGAGGCGCCCACAGAAGCCCGCGCCGGAGGACGCGAAGAAACAGACGCAAGACGUGGAGAAACAGACGCAAGACGUGGAGAAACAGACAAAACACGUGAAGAAAUAGACAAAAGACGUGAAGAAACAGACAAAAGACGUGAAGAAACAGACAAGAGGCGUGAAGAACGCGGCGCAAGACGCGAUCAAACAGACGCAAGACAGCGCUCGCGCUCACCGCGCCGCAGCCGCAGCCCCGCGCGCCGCAAGCCGAAGAGCUACUCGGGGUUGAAGUGGAAGGACGACAAGAGAGAGGCGUCGGAGCGCGACUCGAGGCGGCGCGAUGAUAGGGACGAUGGAAGGCGAGGCGACAGGAGAGGGGAUAGGAGGGACGACAGGAGGGACGACAGGAGGGACGACAGGAGGGCAGACAGGAGGGACGACCGCAUCCGCAGCGACCGAGAGCGACGAGACGACCGCCCCGACCGACGGAGGGACGACAGGGACCGCAGAGACGGCCCGUCCAAGCUCUCCUCCUCCUCCUCCUCCAAGCCAAAGCCCGCCCCCGCCUCCGCUCCCACCGAGCCCAUGAUUCUCGUGACAAUCAACGACCGGCUGGGCACCAAGACGCAAGUCCCCUGCCUCCCCUCUGAUCCCGUGCGCGUGCUCAAAGCCAUGGUGGCGGCCAAGAUCGGGCGGCCGGUGCACGAGAUCAUGCUCAAGCGGCAGGGCGAGCGGCCGUUCCACGACAGUCUGAGUCUGGCGGAUUAUGCAAUCAGCAACGGGGUGCAGAUUGAUCUGGAGUUGAAUACGGGGGAUUAGUGGAGGGGGAGGGGAUAGUAGGAGAGGGACAGGGCAGGGGAUAGUAGUAGAGGGACAGGACAGGGGACAGUAGGAGAGGGACAGGGCAGGGGAUAGUAGUAAAAGAGAAGCAUCAAGCAUGCACAGCAAGCAGAUCAAUUGCACUGCACAAUGGGCGCCCUAAUCCACAGCAUCUCCAUCUCCAUCGUCU